UCGAACGCAGCAUAUUUCCCCACUUUUGAUGUUGACGCGAGAUUUUCCGAGAGGAUAAGUUGAGGAAACAUGGCGGCGCCGUCUAAUUUGCUGAAGAACAAAGGCUCCCUCCAGUUUGAGGAUAAAUGGGACCUGAUGCGCCCCAUCGUCCUGAAGCUGCUGCGCCAGGAGUCCGUCACCAAGCAGCAGUGGUUCGACCUCUUCUCGUGAGUCUUCUUGUAACUCCCACCGCUUGUGUUGCUUCCUGUGGGCGCCACCUUGUGUCUCCCGGUUGUCUCUGCAGGGACGUCCAUGCGGUCUGCCUGUGGGACGACAAAGGACCCGCUAAGAUCCACCAGGCGCUGAAGGAGGACAUCCUAGACUUCAUCAAACAGGCUCAGGCACGGGUGCUGAGUCACCAGGACGACACGGCGCUCCUCAAGGCCUACAUCGCGGAGUGGAGGAAGUUCUUCACUCAGUGCGACAUCCUGCCCAAGCCCUUCUGCCAGCUGGAGAUCACUCUGAUGGGCAAGCAGGGCAGCAACAAGAAGUCCAGCGUGGAGGACAGCAUCGUCCGCAAGCUCAUGCUGGACACGUGGAACGAGUCCAUCUUCUCCAACAUCAAGAGCCGUCUGCAGGACAGCGCCAUGAAGCUGGUCCACGCCGAGCGGCUGGGCGAGGCCUUCGACUCGCAGCUCGUCAUCGGAGUACGGGAGUCCUACGUGAACUUGUGCUCCAACCCCGAGGACAAGCUGCAGAUCUACAGGGAUAACUUUGAGAAAGCGUACAUGGACUCCACAGAGAGGUUCUACAGAACCCAGGCGCCGUCCUACCUGCAGCAGAACGGAGUCCAGAACUACAUGAAAUACGCGGACUCGAAGCUGAGGGAAGAGGAGAAGCGAGCGCUCCGAUAUCUGGAGACGAGACGCGACUGCAACUCCGUCCAAGCUCUGAUGGAGUGCUGCGUAAACGCUUUGGUGACGUCCUUCAAGGAGACCAUCUUAGCCGAGUGUCCAGGCAUGAUCAAACGAAACGAGACCGACAAGCUCCACCUCAUGUUCUCCCUGAUGGACAAAGUUCCCAGCGGCAUCGAUCCGAUGCUGAAGGACCUGGAGGAGCACAUCAUGAGCGCCGGCCUGGCCGACAUGGUGGCGACAGCCGAGACCAUCACCUCGGAUUCAGAGAAAUAUGUGGAGCAGCUGCUGACUCUGUUUAACCGCUUCAGUCGGCUGGUGAAGGAAGCCUUCCAGGACGACCCGCGCUUCCUCACCGCCAGAGACAAAGCGUACAAAGCCGUGGUGAACGACGCCACCAUCUUUAAGCUGGAGCUUCCCAUGAAGCAGAAAGGGGUGGGGCUGAAAACUCAGCCGGAGUCCAAGUGUCCGGAGCUGCUGGCCAACUACUGCGACAUGCUGCUGAGGAAGACGCCGCUGAGCAAGAAGCUGACCUCAGAGGAGAUCGAGGCCAAGCUCAAGGAAGUGCUUCUGGUUCUGAAGUACGUCCAGAACAAAGACGUGUUCAUGCGGUACCACAAAGCCCACCUGACCCGCCGCCUCAUCCUGGACAUCUCGGCCGACAGCGAGAUCGAGGAGAACAUGGUGGAGUGGCUCCGGGAAGUGGGGAUGCCGGCGGACUACGUCAACAAGCUGGCCCGGAUGUUCCAGGACAUCAAGGUGUCCGAGGAUCUCAACCAGUCCUUCAAGGAGAUGCACAAGCACAACAAGCUGGCGCUGCCAGCGGACUCGGUGAACAUAAAGAUCCUGAACGCGGGCGCGUGGUCGCGCAGCAGCGAGAAGGUGUUUGUGUCUCUGCCCACGGAGCUGGAGGACCUGAUCCCGGAGGUGGAGGACUUCUACAAGAAGAACCACAGCGGCAGGAAGCUGCACUGGCACCACCUCAUGUCCAACGGCAUCAUCACCUUCAAGAACGAAGUGGGCCAGUACGACCUGGAGGUCACGACCUUUCAGCUGGCCGUGCUGUUCGCCUGGAACCAGCGGCCCAGAGAACGCAUCAGCUUCGAGAACCUGAAGCUGGCCACGGAGCUGCCCGACGCCGAGCUGCGACGGACGCUCUGGUCGCUGGUGGCGUUCCCCAAGCUGAAGCGCCAGGUUCUGCUGUACGACCCGGCGGUGUCCUCGCCCAAAGACUUCGCAGAGGGAACGCUGUUCUCCGUCAACCAGGAGUUUUCUCUCAUAAAAAACUCAAAGGUCCAGAAGAGAGGAAAGAUCAACCUGAUUGGUCGGCUGCAGCUCACCACUGAGCGAAUGAGAGAGGAGGAGAACGAAGGCAUCGUCCAGCUCCGGAUCCUCAGGACUCAGGAGGCCAUCAUCCAGAUCAUGAAGAUGCGGAAGCGCAUCAACAACGCCCAGCUGCAGACGGAGCUGGUGGAGAUCCUCAAGAACAUGUUUUUACCACAGAAGAAGAUGAUCAAGGAGCAGAUCGAGUGGCUGAUAGACCACAAGUACAUAAAGCGGGACGAGACGGACAUAAACACCUUCAUCUACAUGGCGUAGCGCCGUCGGGUCUGAGCUUCCACUGGGCCGGGCCUGAUGGACUCCAGAACAUUUCCAGGACUCCCAGACUGCUGAACAGAACUUUGUUUGUUUACUGCGGGGAGGCUGAGUUCAGAAGAGACGAAACAAACUUCCUGCCUUAAACCUGUACACAGAAAAACAGCAGCAGAAGAAGAAGCUGCGUCUCUGACGCCGGGUCACCACAGGUUCUACAGAACCACGACUGCGACUACACUCCUGGUCCGGGUUGGAGGAAGCUGCAGAACCUCUGCAGUCCGACCCGAAUCCAGACCACUUGAACUGAAGCGCUGCCACGCGAUGCUGCUACGUGACCCGGUUGCUCUGGUUCCACACGGUUCUGAGCCGACACGAUUGGAACCGCUGCUCGGAUUCAUUCUGGGUCAUCCUCAGAGAAACACUUCAAAGGUCAGAGAGGUGCUGGACCCAAACAAAGGGCUGGCUCCGCCCACAUCGGGCCUCUGGCUCCGCCCACAUGGGUCAUCUGGCCCCGCCCACAUCUGGGUUCUGUGCUGCAGAAAAUUGAGACGCGAGACUGAAACGUCUCACUGAAUCAGAAAAUUACCAAAAUAAAAACAUAAUUAAUUCCUUAAAUUCACUUCAGAACUCAAACUGAACACAGUCUGAUGUUAUUCAAGCCAUAAUUUCUGCUAGUUUUCAUGAUUUCUCAGAUAUUUACAAUAUAACAUCUGACCUUUACUCUUCAAAAACACAAAAUCUUACCAGAAAGUAUUCAUUAUGAUAAUAUCUUGGUAUAUAUGAAAUAAGACAAAAUAGCACGAUAUAGCAGCUUGUUUUAAGUCAAUAAUUCCUUAAUAUUGUUGAAUAUUUCUUGUUCCACAGGCAAAUUAUUUAACUUAAAACGUGAGGAAAAUGUCUUAUUUAUUGAAAACAAUCUCCUAUAUGUUGCUGCAAAGGUACUUUUGUGUUAUUUUUUUUUUCAAGUGUAAUAACAUAUUUGCAUUUGAAAAUUGACAAAAGCACUUUUGACAGCGUAGAACUUAAUGCAGAACAUUAUUCCUGCUGAGCGGGUGUAGACUCUCUGCUCUGGGCUCCGUUUGAAAUCCUGCAUCAAAACGAACAGAAAUAGAAGCUAGAAAUGUCUCAGUGUGUGUAAUAAAUAUGAGUUUCACUUAUUGCAUAAAGAACAGUUUUUAAAUGAGUUUCUGAUUUAUUAAGAUGAGUUUAUUUAAUGAUAAACGGACACGGUUCUGGCCAAUUUAUUUUCUUUCCGUGUUGCUUUGGCAUCUAAUUAAAGCAGCUGCUUUUCUGGACAAACGUUUAGAAAACAGGUCUUGAGUUUUUCAUAGUGGCAGCCAUUUUGAAAUGAGCUCUGAGGAUCUGAGACCCAGUUCCAACUUUAGCAGUUCUGUUGUCGAGUUCCAGUUGAAACUGAAAAAUCCAGACUUCCCAGAACAAACAACGCACCGUAACUAAAAUAGAACAUACAGAAUCAAUUUAAACAUUUAAUAAUCAAUAAUGCUGUUAAAAAUAUGAAAUUAUGAAUUAAUCAUUUUUGAAUUCAUUUUGAUGAAAUCAAUCUACAUUUGUCUUGGUGCUUUUAUGUUUUUCAUUUAGCAGCAUCAGAACCAUCUGUGGGCGAAACUUGUUUGACCCGAUUGGGUCCGGACCGGCCCAGAGUGAAGAGGACUUAGAGUUUAAACAGAGGCUGAAGGCUUAGUAUGGAGAUAACCCUCAGUACCCGGGGUCAGAGGGCGGAGCCAGAGAGGGUGGAGUCGGGUUUGGGACAGAACCCUGAUCUCCAGGAGGCUGAGGUCAGUAUUACAGAACCGAUCCAACGUAUCAGGAGCAGGGGGCGGGGCCAGAUGUGAAUAAUGGAAUAAAUAAAUAAACAGCACCUUAUUAUGAGAUAUUGUACAAGUGUGUCUUUGAUCGUGGCUCAGAGAGCUCAGGUUGGUUCGUGUUUCAUUUGUUUAUUUAUUCUCUGUUUACUUUCUCUUCACCUUUGAAAAUGAUCAAAUAAGCUGUUUUAGAAUCAACCCAAUAAAAGCUUUGCUUACAAAAACUGCA